AUGAUUAACUUGAUCAAAGAUCACCUUGUUCAGAAAGAUCAAUGUGACCAUGAAACAGCAAAUUCAGUCCUUGAGCUUUUCGAGCUCCAGAUGGCAGCACAGCUGUCGCGACAACGAGCUAGUAAUGCUCAUCAACAGGACAUUGCUCAAACUGCUUUUGAAGAAGUGACAAAUGAGCAGCAGGAUGAGCAGACAUCAUUCAUACUCAUAGAGAAACUAGAGCAAGCAGGAAUCAGCUCAGGUGAUAUCAAACGUCUGAAAGAAGCGGGAUUCAACACUGUCGAGCGGAUAGCUCAUGCCAUGCGCAGUGAAAUUUCGUCUGUCAAAGGAAUAAGCGAGCAAAAGGCUGACAAAUUGCUGCAUGAAGCCAUGAAGUUAGUGCCGAUGGGUUUCACUACUGCUUAUGAGGUUCAUGAACGACGUAGCGAGCUAAUUCAAAUCCGCACUGGUUCAUCGGCACUGGAUAGGCUUAUCGGUGGAGGAGUAGAGACGGGCCACAUCACUGAGAUAUUUGGAGAGUAUCGCACAGGCAAAAGUCAGCUUUGUCAUAGUUUGGCGGUCAUCUGCCAGUUGCCUAUCUCGAUGGGAGGUGCAGAAGGAAAGUGCAUGUGGAUUGAUACUGAGGGAACAUUCCGACCGGAACGAUUGGUACCAAUUGCUGAGCGAUUCAAUAUGGAUAGCAAGCAUGUGCUGGAAAAUAUAGCUGUAGCUAGAUGUUACAACUCAGAUCACCAAAUCGCCUUAUUGACUACUGCAGCAGCCAUGAUGGCUGAGAGUCGAUAUGCUCUGCUGAUUGUGGAUAGCGCCACUGGAUUGUUUAGGAGUGAUUAUUGUGGCCGAGGAGAGCUAGCAGCGAGGCAAAUGGCUCUGUCUAAAAUGAUGCGAUUGCUGAUCAAACUUGCCGACGAAUUCGGCGUCGCUGUAGUGAUAACAAAUCAGGUUGUUGCCCAAGUUGAUGGAAGUGCGAUGUUCCAAAUGGAUGCUAAGAAACCUAUAGGAGGGAAUAUCAUUGCUCAUAUGAGCACAACUAGGCUGGGAUUGCGUAAAGGUCGAGGCGACACAAGGAUUUGCAAAGUGCACCAAAGUCCCAGCUUACCAGAAUCAGAAGCAACUUUUGCCAUCACAACUAACGGGAUAGAUGAUGCCCCUGAAUGAUAGUUUCUGAUUACUGCAAGUGUUCUUUCACCAAAGCGAGUUACGAUAU